AUGAAUCCAAGUGGUGCUUCUGAGCAAGAUAUUAUGAUUCAAGCCAAAAUGUUACUAGCACAAGAUAAAAGUUACAAGAAAGGUUUCAGAUUUGAUCAUGUGUGGCCUAUACUUAAGGAUAUUGAAAAAUUUAUAGAUAAUGUUAAUGCCGCAGAAACUCACAAAAUGACAACAAACAACCUAUCAUUGCGAUCAAUCAUCGAAAAGGAAAAUAGGCUGGACAGUUUUAACUUCAAGGAUUGGUAUAAAAAUCUUUGGAUUGUACUCAAAUCCGAGAAGAAGUUAUAUGUCUUUAAUGAACAUGUUCAGGAAGCACCUAUUCUUAAAGCUACUCAAGAGGAGAUAGAUACUUAUGCUAAGUAUCUUGGUGAUGAUAACAAUGUCCAAUGUCUCAUUUUAGCAUCGAUGAAGCCAAAUCUACAAGAGCAGGAUGAACACUUGGACACUCAAUCUAUUAUGACUCAUCUUAAGGAGCUAUUCUUGAAGUGUGCUAGGCAUGAUCAUUAUGAUGCAUCUAAGGCAUUGUUUAGAUGUCGAAUGGUAGAGGGAUUCCAACUUGGGCUGUAUGUACUCAAGAUGAUUGGGUACAUACAAAAGCUUGAAACUUUGGGUUUUGUCAUGGAUGUAGAACUAUCAGUGGACCUUGUUUUGUAG